AUGCCUCAAUUCAAAACUGCCCUCGAGGCAUCUUCGUAUUUUCACCCGAAUCAAUGUGAAGCCUUCCAUCAACAGGUCCAAGAAACAAUCCGAAAGAUGCUCGAACAGGGAUAUGAGUAUCCCACUCUUACUCAGUACAGCGUUGCCUGGGCCGAAGAUCAAGAUCCCUUUGGGCAUGUCAUGUGGCAAGCCUACGGUCACAUCUGCGCGCAGUGCUUCAAUCGCGUCGUGGAGUCCUUUCAAGAGCAUCUUGGGGAUAAAUUCCAGGACUUCAUGACCGCUCGCGGGAUUAGUGCCAUGAGCACGAGAAUCACGAUGGAUGUGAAAAGGGUGGUGAAGUAUCCUGAUUUGCUUAUUACUGGGGCUCGCAUCUCAGAGGUCCAUCCGGAUCGUUUCCUCUGGCGUUUCUCGGUGUGGUCAACGAAGCAGAGAGCUGCUGUGGCCGAAGCAGAAGGAUGGACGGUUUUCUUCGAUCAUCGGACGGGGAAAAAGGCUGAUUUGCCACGUGAGGGGGGAGUUUAUGCCAACUUGCAUGCGGCAUUGGUAAGACGUGCGGAGGAAUCCACGCAGGUCAGAAGGAAAUGGGAAGAAAACCGGAAAAGCAGAAGGGCGAAUCUUUGA